AUGUGCUACACUACAGUAUACUCCUGUCUACAAAGCACAGAACAAUAUGUACUGGUUAACACACUGUACUGCAUCCUGGAGGAGCAGGCACCAAAUCUUUGGCCUGGUACCUUGCCUGAAGUUGUCUGUGAUGCUACCAAAGACCAGGGUGUCAUUGGCACCAAUAGCAGGAGCUUCUGUGGAGAGGAGCGAGACAAGUUGCUACUCUGGGCAGCUCAGAAGGGGGCAGUGGAGGAGCUGCGGGCAUUGCUGAUGGCAGGUGCUGAUGUGGGGGUGAGGGACCACUUUGGGUGGACUGCUCUGCACCGGGCAGCAGCCAGAGGGCACGUGGAGGUGGUGAGAUGGUUGCUGCGAGCUGGGGCAGACGUGGGGGCUGUGGAGUACUUCGAGCAGCUUACGCCUCUCCACUUGGCGGCAAUAUGGGGCCACGAGUAUGUGGUGUGGCUGCUGCUGGUGGCAUCAGACCCUCCCCUUGACUGUAACUACCCAGAUGUCGUAGAUACCUGUGGGAGGACUCCACUGCACUGGGCGGCAGUUGCAGGCAAUGCCACAGUUGUGUCCAUGCUGCUCGAGGCAGGAGCGGACAAGGCAGCCAGAAAUAACGCUGGAACAACAGCUCUGGAUUUCGCCAUACAGGAAAAUAACCAUCAGGUGGUUGACUUGCUACAAUCAAGUUUGCAGUUUUCGUAG